GACCCCGGGAGGAUGCCACACCGGCUCCCGCGCCUGCUCCCCGCGUUGGGGGCGGCGGCGGUGGCCGCUCGCUCACCGUGGCGGAUUCCGAGCUCGCCCCGCUGUCCUCGCAGCUGCUGGCCCCUGCUCACAGCGCAGCACAGGGAACACUAGAGUCUCCCGCAGGCCGGGAGCCGCCCGAGCCUGCGGCAUGGCGCACCAGGGCCCCAUUCCGACUGACUGGCCAUCUGGAGGUCGUGAUUGGUCAGUGAUGCCUGAGGGACAGCAGUGAAGAAAGAGAUGCCUCUCUGUAGUUCCCAACUCUCCCAGAUGGGCCGAGAUUGGCACUGAGCUUUGCCUCUGGACUGCAUGCAAAGUCGUCCCUGAGCCUUCCCAAUACUCGGUAGGCGAUUUUCGACCUAUGCACAGGAUCUCUAGCAUAGGAAGAUCGUUAAACAGUGUUCAGUGGAGGGAUCCCCCUGCCUCACAACUGGAAGAGCGUCCAAACAAUGUUCAGUGGAGGGAUCCCCCGCCUCACAACUGGAAGAGCGUCCAGCCCACCCAGGUCAAAUCUGCUCUGAGCCAGUCCAGGGUACGAUGCCGUGCCUCUCGGUACCCUGUGGCCGUGGACUGCUCCUGGACGCCAUUGCGGGCUCCCAACGCCACGUCCUUCAUCGCCACUUACAGGCUCGGUGUGGCCGCCCAGCAGCAGAGCCUGCCCUGCCUACAGCCGACGCCGCAGGCCACACAGUGCACCAUCCCCGACGUGCACCUGUUCUCCACCGUGCCCUACGUGUUAAACGUCACCGCGGUGCAUCCCGGCGGAGCCAGCAGCAGCCUCCUGGCCUUUGUGGCUGAGCGGAUCAUCAAGCCCGACCCCCCGGAACGUGUGCGCCUGCGAGCCGCGGGGCAGCAGCUGCAGGUGCUCUGGCAUCCCCCUGCCUCCUGGCCCUUCCCGGACAUCUUCUCUCUCAAGUACCGCGUCCGCUACCGGCGCCACGGGGCCUCUCACUUCCGCCAGGUGGGACCUAUUGAAGCCACGACCUUCACCCUCAGGACCACAAAGCCCCACGCCAAGUACUGCGUCCAGGUGUCAGCCCAGGACCUCACGGACUAUGGGAAACCAAGUGACUGGAGCCUCCCUGGGCAAGCGGAAGCCCUGAAGCGGGACUAGGUCCUUGAUAGCAGACCCUGAUGUGCUGGGAUGCUUUAGCAACGUUGACCUCUCCUGACAUCAAUUUCCAAACCUGUGGGGAUAGUAUUUCUCCUUCCAUCAGUGCAGGCUUUGUGAACUGUAAAUGUGAUUUGAUUAGAAAUUUUUUAACGAACAAGAAUUCUUAGCCCGGCCUGGUGAAACCUACAGAGACAGCUGACCUGAACAAGAGGGAGCUCUUGGACCCCAGACUGAUGGCUGAGAGGCCAGCAUGGGACUUAUCCAAACCCCCCCUGAAUGUGGGUGUUAGUGAGGAGGCCUC